AUGGACCAGUUGGAAUGGACAACCAGCGACCUGCCGUACUUUGGGAACGUGGCCUUUGCGGGUCCAUUUUCAAUCCAGCAGGCACGGCGAGCUGGCUUCUACUCGCCUGAUAAUCCACCGGAAGUGGGUGACCAGGUCGUAUGUUUCCAACGUGGGGCAAACUGGCAGCGUCGUGGCCAGGUUGAGGACAUCUCUGAGACCGUCAGUGAAGGCAGUGGGCUUCGCAAGGGGCAUGAGGGGAUGCUGGUGACCUUGUCAACAGGCACGGGCUCCUUCACCUGCUGGUCUGCAUUCUUGGCGCCCGUCAACGACAAGGAAUACUCAUCCCUUUGUACUACACAUGGACUGCUCUCCUCGCAUUUUGCCAGUUUGUACCCGUGCAGCAAGGGUGUUGGAGAUGUGGAGUUUGUUUCAAAGGAGGCUGCAAGAUGGAGCCUGGAGAAGUGGCUGAGCAACCUUGAAGAUGCUGACGGCGAGCCCUUUGAAAUCGAUGCUUCCAAGUUGCAGUCCUUGCUUGAGCUCUUCGACUCCCAUCAAGAUGCAUCACUCUACUUGUAUACUACGCAUCAGAAGUUAGGCCAGAGGGUCACUCUGAACACCGGCCAGGACUACUCACUGUACUAUCGCGCGCUUAACAAUACACUGAACUGUGACGCACGAAGCAAUCUGGAGAACGCCAUGCCCCUGAUUCAGCGCAUGGUGUACCUUCUCCUCUACGAUGAAGAGAAUGGCUCCAAACGUAUCCACGAAGGAGGUCGGGUGUGGAAGGGCGACACGCAGAGGCCCGUUCCAUUAAACAUGCAAAAGCUCAGGGAGGCAAUGCGUCUGGACCGUUUUGUCCGCUUUCGCCAGUUCCAGAGCACAACGCGAGAAAAGACUUUGGCAGAGAAGUAUCGUGCGAGGGAGGAUGGCAAGGGCUACCUCUGGACCAUCGACAUCCCUCCAGGCUUCUGGGGAGCGCGAGAUAUCCAGGACCCUUAUCCGUUGAUGUGCGAAGACAUCUCCUGGAAGGAGAAGGAAAGCGAGACGCUCUUCCCGCCCUACUCUGCCUUCCGGGUUCAAAGCCUUGACGAGAGCGGCUGCCAUCUGCUGGCCGUGGUUGCCUUGCCAAGAACAAAGUACUCGAUCGUCGAGCCGAGCUCUUCAGUCGAGCAGAGAGACACGGCCUGCGUGGAUCAGCAGUGGAGCUUCUUGAGUACUAAGACUUCCGAUUUCCUGCCUGGUACGGACUUCCUGUACAUGAUGGAUGCUUACCAACUGCAUAUGCAACCAUCACCCCGUGGCUCCUCCGGGAGCCACGCCCUACCAGAUGGCCUCACACGCUUCGUCAUCCUUGUUCGUUGUGCGGAUGAAGGAGUUGUCGAUUCCAAGCGUCGUGGCGAUCACUGGCAACGCAAUCGGCGGAGGUCGCUCAACUGCACGGAGCGUGUGAUUGCCCAGAAUGGCAGCGCAGCCUUCGGCAACAUCAGCCGAGGCCUCCAAGUAGGCGUUGGCUUCAGAGACCUUCGUAGCUUGCAAGCUCUGGUAUAUCCUGAUCCAGAGUUUUCACAUUCUCACACCCGGAAGAUGCUAAGUUUCAUUAGAUGUUAA